AUGGCCUCACCCAAUCAUGGUACAGAGAAAUUAGGCGGUCAUUGGCCCCCUCCAGCGCCACAGGAGCCGCGUGAGACACCAUCCACUCGACGACGACAGCGGCUCUGUGGUCGAAAUUUGAUGGUUUUACUUGUCGUGGCGGGUGCUUUCUGUGUUACUCUGUUUCGGGCAUCCGGCCUCGCGGCAACCGCAGUGCUAUCGACAUCUGCGGCGUAUGCUUCACUCUAUGGCGGAUCUGACAACGUGGCAAGGCCCGGGAAUAAAUGGGCGUCAGAAAGCCUACCAAAUGGCGACUGGCCCAAAGACCAGUAUCUCCUUGGAGUCGGCAAGGCUGAUAUUACUGGACCAGUAGUUGAAAUCAACAUGAUGGGUUAUGCAGAUUUUGCUCAGAUUGGACGCGGUCUGCGGCAACGACUAUAUUCGCGAGCUUUUAUUGUCGGGGAUAUGAAUAACCCGGAGGACCGCUUCGUCUAUCUGGUUCUGGAUAUCCAAUCUGGUGACACCGCUGUUCGAUAUGGAAUCCUUCGGGGGUUAGAAGCACUAGGCUCUCGGUAUUCUAUGUAUGGCCAGGAUAAUGUUGCUGUUACUGCAACGCACUCCCACUCCGGGCCGGGGGCGUGGUUAAACUACCUCCUGCCUCAAAUUCCGAGUAUGGGAUUUGACCAACAGAGCUACCGGGCAAUUGUUGAAGGGUGCAUUUUAUCCAUUCGACGAGCACACGAGAGUCUUGCGCCAGGACACUUGAGCGUGGGUAAAACGAAGAUUAUGAAUGCAAAUAUUAAUCGCAGUUUGUUUGCCUAUCUAGCUAAUCCGGAAGAAGAACGGGCCAAAUACAACAUCAGCUCGGAAGACGACGGGUCCGUUGAAAAGGACAUGACCUUGCUCAAGUUCCAGCGAGCUUCGGACGAGAAAAAUAUCGGAGUGCUCACCUGGUUUCCCACACAUGGCACCUCCAUGCAAGCCAAUAACACCCUUAUUACAGGGGAUAAUAAGGGUCUCGCGGCGGAUUUGUUUGAGAAGCAGGUACAGGGGAAUGGACGGGAGGCGGAUGGUUUUGUGGCAGGCUUCUCGCAGGCAAACAUGGGUGAUGCGAGCCCAAAUAUUUUGGGUGCUUGGUGCGAAGAUGGAACUGGCCAGCAGUGCGAUUUCAAAACGAGCGCAUGUAGUGAUGGAAAGAGCAACCGGUGUCGUGCCAGAGGACCAAAGUUCGGAAGGAACGACUACGGAGCUGCGUCAUGCUUCGAGAUUGCUCGGCUACAACACGAAGGCGCGAUAAGUAUUUACAAUUCUCUGAAUGACCAGGCGCCGAAUAUUCAGGGAACGGGUGUGAAAGCGAUUCACAGAUUCCACGACAUGUCCUUUUAUAACUUUACAUUGCCCAACGGAUCAGAGGCGCAAACAUGCCCGGCAGCGCUUGGGUACGGCUUUGGAGCCGGAACGUGGGACGAGCCUGGUCAUUACGAUCUUGUGCAACACGCCUCCUCUGCUUCGAAUGCGAGGUUCAUUUGGAGACUUAUUACCUGGCUCCUCAAGUCACCUAGCAAAGAGCAGGUCGCUUGCCAGCACCCCAAGUCCAUCAUUCUAGACGUCGGCGAGGUCAGUCAGCCAUACGCGUGGACCCCCAACGUGGUUGAUAUCCAGACAUUCAGAGUAGGUCAACUUUUUAUAAUCGUCAGCCCGGGAGAAGCAACAACGAUGGCCGGACGACGGUGGAAGGAGGCUGUAGCAAAACAGAGUAUUCGGGCAUUGCCAAACGAACUAGACGGCCAAGAUCCUUUGGUGGUCCUUGGAGCGCCAAGCAACAGCUAUACUCAUUACAUUUCGACACAAGAGGAAUAUAGCAUUCAACGCUACGAAGGUGCCUCUACACUCUAUGGGCCACAUACACUUGAUGCGUACAUAGAGCGCACAGUUGCGUCGAUAAAAUAUCUCCGAUCCAACAGUUCAAGUCGUGAGCACCGCGCAAAGAACAAAUACCCGCCAGACAAUAGCGGACGGUCUAUCAGCUUCAUAAUUGGUGUUCUCUUCGAUAGGACACCAUGGUCCAAAGAUUUUGGAGACGUAGUAAAUAAUGUUGCCAAUUCUAGGUACAGAAGGGGCGAGAGAGUCUCGGCGUCCUUCGUCGGAGCCAAUCCUCGCAACAAUCUGCGCCUUGAACAGACAUAUGCUGCGGUUGAGUAUCGUCCAUCAGCAAAUUCGCCAUGGCAACAAGUUCGAGAUGACUCGGACUGGGGACUCAGCUUCUAUUGGCGACGGACGAGCAAGAUACUCGGCUUAAGCGAAGUUGACAUCAAAUGGGAAAUUGAAAAUGAUGCCCCUGUAGGGGAAUACAGACUACGAUACUAUGGUGAUUCGAAAUCGAUACGAGGAAAGUUGUCAGCGAUUGAAGGAGUGAGCUCUGCAUUUAGCGUUGUGUAA